CCAUCCUUUCGUUCACAGUAGUGCGAAACGAAGUGCUUUGUGAGAAACGAGUGAGAGCUAACCACUCAAACGUCAUCGGAAUCUACUUUGCACGGCUGACACAGUUCAACAUGAAACUCACAGGUUGUCGAAUCGUUUUACUGUUUUUCUUUGAGUUUUCGUCGCAAACUGUAUCGGCGAUAAGUAAUGAACACGAAACGGAAGUUUCAUCUCAGAAGAGAGAUAAGCUGGGCGGAAGCGGAAGUACUACCAACUCCUUCCUGUCGCCUGCCAUCAGGAGGAACAACUCUCACCUCUCGACUGCUAUCGCCGAUGGCGACAACAACAACGACGACGAUGACAAGAACACCAGUGGUGUAAUAACGCCGCCUCGGCAUGAUAAAGACGGCGAACUGUUUUUCAAUCACCUCUUCCCGGACGUGCCUCGUUGGUGUCAAAUCAACGAGAGUGGGACAGAUUUUCUGGAAACAUGCAGCAGCAGCAGCAACAACAACAACAACAACCAUAACAACAACAACAGCAACAACAAAAACAACAAUAACGCGGGAUUCGGCAUCGAGACAGAGGCCGAUAAUAGCUCGGAUCCCCGUCCUGAAUGCCCCGUUGACUGUGUAUCAUAUCCUGACUGCUCGUGCGAGAAAGCCUGCCUCGCUGUCUCUGUGUGUUGUGGACCCGUGACUUACUCAUGCGCAAUCCCCAUGGUAGAUGGUAUUGUGUUCUAUAUCUUGGGGGGAAACUGUAACCCAGAUCUGUCCAAUUACCUCGUUCAUAUUCUUAUUGCUCCCACCAUUCUUGAGAUUCCUGACACCGCAGACGCGUUCUCCUCCAUCAUGUCUCUGAUCCCUGUAGGCGUCCCACAGUCAAACACGAUAUACCACAACAUCUACCUCAAGCAACUGGUGACGCCUCUCUCGCCGUUCACCUUUGGCUACGUCAGUUUCCAGCUUUCUAUCAACAUAGAUCCGCAGACAACAGAGCACCUAUGGGAGCUCAUGAAAAACGUUCCCAAGUAAGUAACGUGAUGGAUUAAAGGU